CCCACUAGCCACUCUCUGACGUCCGCCUCAGCACAGUUAGCAGUGCGAGCUAAUCCGGCUAACAGCUAACGGCUAGCAAGUAGAGCUAUGAUGGCGGAGCUGGUGCAGGGACAGGCCUCGAUGAACCAGCCGGGGCUGAAGUCAGACGGCCUGGCCGACGCUUUACAGAGGGCCCGGCAGAUGGUGGGUAAGAUGGGUGGAGAAGCAAUGUCUCACCUCAACAGCUCCUCAGGAAAUGUGGAACCAUCACUGUACUACCAAGGCCAGAAAAGACCCGGAGAGGACGGAGUAGGUAACCAGCUGGCAGCCAUGGGGCAUCAAAGCAGAGUAAUCACAGAGGAUUACAAGGUCCCCGACAGGAUGGUCGGCUUCAUCAUUGGGAGAGGAGGUGAACAGAUCACCAGGAUCCAGCUGGAGUCCGGCUGCAAGAUCCAGAUCGCUGCUGACAGCGGAGGACUGAUGGAGCGGCCAUGUUCCCUGACUGGAACUCCAGAGAGCAUUGAGCAGGCAAAGCGUCUGCUGAUCCAGAUCGUGGAUCGCUGCAGGAACGGUCCGGGUUUCCACGGUGACGGUGAGGGCGGCGCCUCCGUGCAGGAGAUGCUGAUCCCGGCCAGCAAGGUGGGGCUGGUGAUCGGCCGAGGUGGCGACACCAUCAAACAGCUGCAGGAGCGAGCAGGUGUGAAGAUGAUGAUGAUCCAAGACGGUCCGAUGCCGACGGGAGCCGACAAACCUCUCCGCAUCUCUGGAGACCCGUACAAAGUACAGGCGGCGAGGGAGUUGGUGUUGGAGGUGAUCCGGGAGAAGGACGGAGACUUCAGGUCGGGACGCAACGACUUCAGCGCUCGCCUGGGAGGCGCCAGCCUGGACUCCGUCUCUCUGCAGGUUCCGGUUCCACGGUUUGCCGUCGGCAUCGUGAUCGGCAGGAACGGAGAGAUGAUCAAGAAGAUCCAGAACGACGCCGGAGUCCGGAUCCAGUUCAAAGCAGAUGAUGGCAUCAGUCCGGAGCGUGUUGCCAUGGUGAUGGGUCAGCCAGACCGCUGCCAGCAUGCUGUCCACCUCAUCAACGAGCUCAUCCAGACCGCACAGGAGCGUGAUGGCUUUGGCUCGGCUCUGCGGAGCGGCAGGGUCAGAGGUCGCGGCGAUUGGACCAUGGGCUCCCCGGGCCCGCUUCAGGAAGUGACCUACACCAUCCCCGCUGACAAGUGCGGCCUGGUCAUCGGCAAAGGUGGAGAAACCAUUAAGAGUAUUAACCAGCAGUCUGGAGCCCACGUGGAGCUGCAGAGGAACCCCCCCCCCUCCACUGACCCCAACACCCGGGUCUUCACCAUCAGAGGAACCGCCCAGCAGAUGGACCUGGCCCGCCAGCUGAUAGACGACAAGAUCGGGGGUUCUGGCAUCAUGAGUAACGGAGGUUUUGGAUUCAGUCCUUUCACUCAGAAUCCUGCUGCUCACCAGAACUGUGGCAGCGGUCAGACCUUCCUGACGGGGGUUUGGGGAAACACCUACCAGACCAGCUGGCAGAACGCUGGACAACAAGACCCUGGUCAACAGAAUCCACCUCAGGGCCUGAUGGCCGACUACAGUAAGGCCUGGGAGGACUACUACAAGAAGCAGACUCAGUCGUCUCAGCAGAGUUCGGUUCCAGACUACACUGCAGCGAUAGCAGAAUACUACAGACAGCAGCAGCAGCAGCAGCCCUACCUGUGGAACGCUACCCAGAUACAGGUGAGCGAGGGCGAACAAUGAUGUCGUUUCCUGUCUCUUCAGGAUCACUAGAGGCCCCUCCCUCACCAGUGAAGGCCCUUAGACCGACAUCGACGGCAACCAAAUCGGGGUUUCUAGCAACGCUCUGCCGCUUCCUCCUUUUUGUAGAGAAAAAAAAACGUAUGGAUUAACUGAAAUCACGAACUCUUUCUUUUUUUUUUAACCUUACAAAGUUGAUAUUUUGUCGGGCAGAUAUUUUUUGGACUAGCCUCUGGUCUCCUUUCACAGCGUAGACCCGAUUUUUCUUUGUUUGUUUUUUUUUUAUCAAACUUGAAGUUAAAGGUGUAUCAGUGUGGCUUUGAACAAAACAAAAAAAUCCAGUAUAAUCUAUAUUUUGCUUUAGUUUUUUUCCAAUAAGAAAUCGGUAUAUAAGGCUUAGCAGUCUUGAGUAAGAAAUUCAGAUGAUAUUAAUAUUGUUUAUGAUAAUGUUUUAAAGCAUGCGUCAGAUUGUGUGUUGACUCUCAGUUGCUGUUUUUCUUUUGUAUUUUAUUAUUUUGGCAUAGAAAUAUUUUAAUAGUGUCAGAUGGAAAUUUAAUGUUUUACCGUCGGAGACAAACUGUUUUUUGUACUAAAU